CAGUAACAAAGCAGUCGAAAAUGAAGUUCUCACGUUCCAACGCCUUCCUGAUUUUGUGCAUUUUGCCCCUCAUCAAAGGUCAAGCAGAACCGAGGAACUCGACAUGCUGUACUACCCCGGCAUGUUUGCGGGACGUUAUCCAGCAGAAUCUCAGACGUCUUAGAGAUACGAUUCCUGGACCAGGGAUAGUGUCGGCGAAUCCUAUCGCCUUUGAUCUGCCGAUGAUUUAUCAUGUCAAUGUUCUGGGUAUUCACGUUAACAUCACCUUGAACAACAACGAAAUUCGAGGAGUGGGCGAUGCAACCGUAUCAGAUGUCAGGUGGAACUUCUGUGGUGACCGUACGCACAUCGAUUACACGAAUACAGUUCCACGACUGGUCCACACAGCAAACUAUACCGCUGUUGGAACUAUUCGAGAUCCAUCAAACAAUGAUGAAGAAGUGGUGAUUGAUGAAACAGGCGUGUUCACUAUGGUGGUCCCUAACUCGGUUAUCCCACACAGUGUCAAUCUGACUAGAGUAGAUCGAAAUGGGGUAAACGUCUGGCAUGUGGUAUCUGGCUCAAUGAUAGUAAGUUUCAGAAAUGGUCACGUUGAUUUCCGUACCCACUCAUGCGGCUCAGAUAACAAAAGAGCGGACAUUUUAUCGUCAAUUAAUGAGAACCUGGAUCAGAUCAUCGAGUAUUUACGUCCUGAAAUAAAUAGCCAAUUCAUCGCUUUACAAACCCAAUUCACUCGGGGCAUUGCGGAAGGUACUCGAACAGAUAAUGGUGUGAUCUGUCCAUCGGUUAUUCGCCGUGGAGAAAGGAGACGAUCCUGCAGAACCAACAAUUGAUAAUGAUUACAUUUUUUUCUUGUUCCACUCUUUAUACUUUGUUUCAAUUCGAUGAGUACAAUGAAUAAAUGAUUAUCGC